AUGUCGUGUAAUAAAUUGGAACGUUUCACCUUCACUUCCCGGUUAAUGGACAUUAGGGUCACGAAAGAUUCAGCGGCCACGGAUUCCACGAACGAGGAUAAAGCGGGGGCCUCCUGCUGCAAAUUGACUCCUUUGAUCAGCCUGGAAAAGAAGCAGAGCCCGGUGAAUCCGUACAAUCGCGUCGACUGGACGACGAAAAUGAACUCAAAAUGGCCACUUCCGGACGCGAACGACAAUGAGAUCAGCGGUGUUAACAGCCUGCCGCAGCUUGACUGCGCAACGUUCUCCGGAUCGUUCAUGGACACGUGUUCCUGCUGUCCCCGGGAGAUCUUUGACAAGCACGAUACCGACGACGCCGUCAACAACCACAGGAGUAUCGUCGUGCUCAAGGACGACGAGUGCUGCAAAACUCACUGGGCCAGGGACGAACGUUAUCAGAAAAUUAAAGCGAAAGUCGGCAAGGCCAUCAAGAGACAUAAAAUAUUUUUGAUACGCGGCGAGUUACCGAAAUUGAAAGAAGCUCUGGAGAAAAGGGGCUGGGUACAGAAACACGAGGCUACAAAAACAAGGACUCUGCCUUACGGCAGCGUAGCUAGCUUAGAAUCACGAUCGUUGGGUGAUUUGAUCCACCUGGACGGCAGUUUGAACGAGAAAGCGGUAAUUUUCGCCAUGCUACGCCACAAACCGCCAGACUUUAUAUGGGACUGCCGAAACGACUUUGUCGAUUGGCAUCGCGGCCUGAGUAGCAACACGAUUCUCAACAGAUAUCAAAAGCCUUCCGUCUACACCUCCAAGCUAGGAAUGGCUCGUUUGUUGGAGGAAGCCCACUGGCUGUACGAGGAAGACGUGUCGUCGGUGCUGUUCCCACGAAGUUACAAUCUGAGCAGAGAACCGAAAGCUUUCCUCGAUGAUUUUCGCUUGACCGCCGCUGCCGGUUUGUUGAAAUGGUUCGUCGAAAGAAUGCAAGACGAGCAGAGUUCCCUCCCAGAGCCGGGGCAACGUCCGAUUCUAAUGAGCCGGCUGGAAUUCGCGAUGAAACGCUGCGAAGAAUUUAUCGCCUAUGAAAACCACCAGAACAUAGACAAAGACUUUCUCACCGAGUUUCCCGAAGAGGAGUGGAACUCGUUUUUGGACGAUUACGCCGCGGCCGUGCACGAAGGUGCUGGAAUCGAGGCCACGUCGGAGAGGAGUCGAGAACAAUUACAAAAGUAUCUAGAGCUGACGAAUCCGAUAUUGGCGAAAUUGAAAGAGAUUGAUCCGCAAUACGAGCUGAACGGAAUGAGAAACAUAUGGAUCUUGAAGCCAAGCGAACUUUGCUGCGGCACGGGCAUCAGUAUAUCACACAAUUUGAAGGAUAUAUUCCGAAAGAUAAAAAGCAAGCCAAAGGAUUACUUCAUUGUCCAGAAGUACAUCGGGAAGGACUCCUGCGAUUCAGCUCGAAACCCUACACUUUCUCAACUUAUCACGAAGCGAUUCAUAUCUGCAAUACCGCCAUUCAGGAGAAGUACGACGAGGAGAGGCGACGGCGGAGGAAACGUGGAAAUUCAGAGGAAGUUGUAAAAUCGAUUCGCGAUCAAGGAUGGGACUGCAAGAAGCUGAACGAAUAUUUAAAGCAAACGGGGCACUGCGGCGAGCCGUACUACGACAAGAUCUAUCCGAAAAUGUCGGAGGCCAUAGUCCUGACGAUGCUGGCCUCCCAGGAACACAUGGACAGGCGACGGUGUAGCUUCGAACUGUACGGCGCCGAUUUCGUCGUGAUGGAGGAUCUUUCGGUCUGGUUGAUCGAGAUCAACACGAAUCCUCGGAUGCAUCCGCCCAGCUCGAGAAUUACCAAACGCCUCUAUUCCAAUGUUCUCGAAAGCUUGGUGAAAGUGAUAAUGGACGUACCGAUGAAUCCGAGCGCAGACACCGGCGGCUUCAGCCUCGCGUACAAGCAGAACAUACCCGACUUCCGGCCUUAUCUCGGUCCCUGUCUCUUCGUGUUCGGCAAGUUGAUAACGCUGCAGGAAUAUCCGCGAAAACGGGAGCGGAGGAAGAAGGGAGGGAACGGGUGGAUGAAACAGCAACAACAGCAACAGACGCCGCGCGCGUGGACCGCUCCGCCGAUGAUUCCACGGCUAAGAGAACCAAAAGUAGUCGACUUUAUCGACUACUUGAACACCGCCCGCUGCACCGCCGCCAACUGA